CCCCCCCCCCCCAGCGGCCACCAUGCCCUGGUGUGGGGACAAAGUCCGUGCGAUGCAUCGACCAGGGGCCGCAUCCUGCCCUGCGCCAUGCUCCCGUGGCUCGUCAUGGCGCUCAGCGUCUGCGCCUGGCUUGGCACAGGUAGGGGGACACCCCGUGACAGCAUGUCACGACAGGCCACAACAUGUCCCAACACGCCGGGACACGCCGCAACAUGCCAUGGCUCCGCCACGCAUGUCAUGGCUGCUCACACGACCACAAGCCCCUUUUCUGGCCAAAAUGGCUCCAGUCACACUUCUUUUUUCCCUAAUUAGUGAGAUUUUAGCCCUAAAUCAAGGCAGGUUGAGCAUCCGGGACAGAGGGGGUGUGUGUGUUUAGGGGGUGCCCCCGGUUUUGGGUGCAUUUUGCUUCAGUCGGGCUCUGGGUGCUCAUACUGGGUGCUGUCACCUUGUUUUGGGGUGUUUUUGCCCUUUUCUGGGUGCUCUUCCCCUUUUCUGCGUGCCUUGGCCCUGCUCCAGGUACUUUCACGUUGCUCUCUGGUUGCAUUUGCCCUAUUUUGGGUGCAUUUGCCCUAUUUAGGGUGCAUUUGCCCUCUUUGGGGUGCAUUUACCCUGCUCUGGUUGCUUUUGCCCACCUCUGGGUACAUUUGCUCGGCUUUGGGGGCUUUUCCCAAUUUUUUGGGUGCUUUUGCUCUUUUCUGGGUGCCUUUGCCCUGUUCUGGGUGCAUUCACCUUUCUCCGGGUGCAUUCACCCUUUUUUGGGUGCAUUUUUCUGGGUGCUUUCCGUCUGUUUUGGAUGCUUUCCCUCUGGUUUGGGUGCAUGCAUCCUGUUCCGCGUGCAUUUGCUCAUUUCUGGGUGCACUUGUCCCAUUUUGGGUCCAUUUGCCCUUCUCUGUCUCCUUUCACCCACCUCCUUGUGCCUUCACCCCGCCGUGGGUGCCUUUGCUCUUUCCUGGGUGCUUUCACCCCAUUUCACACACAGUGUGGGUGCAACUGCCUCAUUUCGGGUGCAUUUCCUCUGUUCUGGGGGCUUUCCCUUCCCAAUUUUGGGUGCGCCCCCCCCCACAUCUGCCUCCAUCCCCCCCUUCCAGCUCUCCCCCCGCGCCACAUGGACACGGUGGUGCAGAUCGUGGAAGCCCUGGAGGCCGCCGAGGACCUCAGCCUGCUGGAGCUGGCUCGGGCACUGGGGAGCUGCAGCACCCCUGGGUGCCGCGCCGUGCUGGGGGACCCCCCCGCCGCCCCCCCUGCCGUGCCGGCACUCAGCCCCGAGCAGUGGGCACUGCUCACCCAGCUCCUGCACCCUGACCCCACGGCGCCCGAGCGCGGCAUGGUGCUGGCACCCGACGGCUCCACGGUGGCCCUUGCGCCGCUGCUCACAGGCGUGGAAGUGGGGCUGAGGCGGGCGGCGGGGUGGUCCGGCGCCAUGCCCAAGCCCCCCGCUGCCCUCGAUGCCCUCUACGCUGUCACCAUCACCGAGGCGUUGGGGACGGCUUUCCUCUUGGCUCGUGCCCACAACCACAGCGGGGCCAUCCUGGGACCCGACGGGUGCUGGGACGAUGUGGAAAACCCCCAAAACUUCACCCUGCUGGGUCCCCCUUCGCCUGUCCCUGAGGCCGUUGCCAAUGGGGCACUGGAUGGGGUGCUGCUGGGUGCCCGCUUGGCUGAGGCACCCGUCCCGCUCGCCCCCCUGCUCCGGAGCUAUUAUGGGAUGGACAACGGCACCGCGAGCGGGCGGCCCCUCAGCAGCUACCGGCGCCGGGAUUUUGGGGUGCUGACGGGGCUGAAGAAGCUAGAGGAGGAGGUGGUGGCGAUGCUGCGCCUGCUCCGGGUGCUGCCACCCACCCGAGGGCUCUUGGAGGACGUGGGUGAAGAGGAGGAGGUGGCCAUCGCUCGCCAGGCAGCGCGGGACUUCAUGGAGACCUAUGUCGAGUGCCCGGCCAUCGUCCCCCGGUGCAUGUGGGGCGCCCGUCCCUACCGGGGCACCCCCAGACCCUUGUCCCUACCCCUGGGCUCUGUCUACAUCCACCACACCUUCGUGCCCAGCACCCCGUGCCGCACCUUCGCCGCCUGCACCCACGCCAUGCGCUCCAUGCAGCGCUUCCACCAGGACACCCGUGGCUGGGAUGACAUUGGCUACAGCUUCGUGGUGGGCUCGGAUGGGUACCUGUACCAAGGUCGGGGGUGGCACUGGGUGGGUGCCCACACCAGAGGCCACAACACCAGAGGCUACGGCGUGGGCUACGUGGGCAACUUCUCGGCCACCCUGCCCGAUCCCGACGCCAUCGCCUUGGUGCGCGACAGCCUCCUGCCCUGCGCCGUCAGGGCCGGCCGGCUCCGCCACGACUACACCCUGCGUGGCCACCGGCAGGUGGUGAACACCAGCUGCCCUGGUGACUCCCUCUUCCAGGAGAUCAGGACCUGGCGUGGCUUUGAGGUGGGCACCGGCUUCCACGGCAUCUCCCAGGGGCGGGGUUUUGGGUGGUCUGAGCCCACCAAGGCCAGAGGUGGAAGCAGAUUCGGUGCCAGGACUGCCCAUGGGUUCUGCUCUCUUUCGCAGUGAGGACUGGCCUCCGAGGGUGCUGCUCUGGGUGGGUGCUAGUCUGGAUGGGUGCUGGUCUGGAUGGGUGCUGCUAAGGUUGGAUCCCGGUCUGGACGGAUGGUGGCCUGAUGGGGGACACCGCUUUGGAUGGACGCCGGCCAACGGACACCAGCUGGACCCCGGUCCAGACAGACAGAUGGACGCCAGCCCGGACGGACACCGGUCCGGGUGGGCACCCAGGGGAUGCCAACCCAGAAGGACCCUGCCCCAGAAUGUCCACAGCCCCAAAGGACACCGGCCCGGACGGGUCCUGCCGUGGUCCCACUGGCCCAGCGGACCAUGCCCGUAGCCACAAGCACCCCCCUAAUAAAGUCAGUGCCAGGACAGCAGCUCAGCCCCUGGGGAGAAAGGGGAAACUGAGGCACGGGGUGGUGGGCAGCUGUGGGGUCCCGAACCCCUGCAUG